AUGGACGAAGCAAUUGAACUACCUCUCGCCAAAAGGCAGCGGCGAGAGCUGGCUACCACCACCACCACCAAGGAAAUGCCUCCCACCAGUUCCAGGCUGUUUUCACCCUUCAGAACUCUGGGGCUUGUAUCUCCCACCACUAUCCCAUUCACUUCUGUUCCGCUGGGCAAAACAACGUUCCAAAUCACCACCUCCAUCGGCGAUACGCUGCAAACAUAUGACCUGCGACGAGGUCUCAAUCUCGUCUUCCUCACACGCCCACAGUGUCCUGGCACGAUUACUGCCACGUAUGCCUACCGAGAUCGAGUAUUUGUGGCUUGGGGCGGAUUACAGGUUAACGAGCCUCGAGGAGUCUGGGUUUUCAAGAGAGGGCAGCUGAUCGGAGAACUAGACAUUGAUGGAACCUAUGUCCAAGAGAUCCACCAACUCCUCGUUUUUGGAUCAUGGGUCGUUGGUUGCGGGACAGAAAGCAUCGAAGUCUGGAAGGCCGAUUUAUACGAACACUAUACUUCCAUCCACUCCUCGUCGUCAACCAGUAGCCGGUCACAAAGGCCAUUUACAGGUCAAAUCUGUACUUUGCCUACCCUGUUGAACAAGGUAUUUGCAGGCACAAAGCAUGGCUCGGUAGAGGUCUACAAUGUCAGUACUGGGAGACUAGUCCAUACCAUCCUAGCCCCCUCCGCACGCUCUGGCGCCGUCACGGCACUUGCCCCAGCUCCUGCGGUCUGCCUGUUAGCAGUCGCAUAUGCUGACGGCUCCCUCAAUAUCACGGAUAUCGAAGCCGAUGAACAAGUUCUCGAACUGCGCCAGGGAAACAACAAGAAGCCAAUAAGCUCAAUUACGUUUCGCACUGACGGUAUGGGCGCCGGUGAUGACGGCCGCAAGGAGGGUAUCAUGGCUACAUCUAGCAUUGAAAGCGGCGACAUCACUCUGUGGGAUCUCAAUCGCGGCGGAAAGGUCGUCGGCAUGAUCCGAGGCGCUCACGAAACUUCUAGUUCGGGCCAAGGCACCGGUGUGAACAAAGUCGAAUUCCUACCGGGCCAACCAGUCUUGGUCUCUUCUGGGCUGGACAACGCUCUAAAAUCAUGGGUCUUUGACCAGAAUCCUUUCUCGCCCAUUCCACGGCUCCUCCACUCUAGGAGUGGGCAUGCUGCAUCCAUCACUAGACUCAUGUUUCUCCCGGCAGCUUCAGAUGGAUCAGACGCCACUGGGAAAUGGCUCAUGUCCGCGGCUCAAGAUCGCAGCCUGUGGGGUUUCAGUCUGCGUAAAGAUGGCCAAAGUACAGAGCUCAGUCAAGGCGCUGUGAGGCACAAGGCUCGAAAAUCAGGUCUCCUCACCGACGACGCCUCAACGGUUGAGGAUUUCAAAGCACCCCCAAUUAUUGACAUGGCCUGCUCACUGAACCGAGACGGUGGAAUGGGCUCGGUCAGUGGCCCAAUUUGGUCAAACACGAAAACAUUCAAUGCAGAAGAAAUUAGCACGACCGGUUGGGAGAGUGUUGUCACGGCCCAUGCUGGUGACAAAUUUGCAAGAACGUGGUCAUGGGGCAGAAAGAAAGCAGGUAGAUGGGCCCUUGAAACUGGCGACCACAAGGCCGUGACCAGCGUUGCUAUCACUGCUUGCGGGACAUUCGCAAUUAUUGGGUCAGCGGGAGGCAGCCUCGAUAUGUACAACCUGCAAUCUGGCGCCCAUCGCCAACGGUACCCGCCUCGACUCACCCCUGCACAGGCGAAACAAUUGAAACUACAAAACGCCGAACCAGGCCAGGUUAUCACCGUUCCUCGUGGUCAUCGGGGCCCCAUCACGGGUAUUGUGGUUGACAAUCUUAAUCAAACCAUGGUUACCAGUAGCUUGGACGGGUCAGUCAUCUUUUGGGACUUUUCGUCCGGCAGAGUACUCGAACGAAAAUCCCUCGAUUCUGCGGUACCAACUGCUAUCCGAUACAACCCUGUCUCAGGCCUUCUGGCUUUAUCCUGCGAUGACCUGUGCAUACGCAUCGUCGACAUCGAGACGCGCAGAGUUGUACGCGAGUUAUGGGGCUGCAUUGGUCAAAUAUAUGACUACUGCUUCUCAAACGACGGACGGUGGAUUGUGGCUUGCUCUAUGGACUCGGUCAUUCGCGUCUUUGACCUUGCUACUGGACAUUUGAUCGACGCAUUCAAGACAGCAGCAACAUGUACCAAUAUGGCGUUCUCCAGCACAGGAGAGUUUCUGGCCACUACGCAUGCUGGAAGUCCAGGAAUAUUCGUCUGGACGAAUAAAGCCCUGUUCAGUCAUGUAUCCACUGGGAAGAUUGACGAUGUCCGCGGAAUUAUUGAUCUAAGCCAGACCACAGCCGCGUUCAAUGCUGCAACUCAACUUGCCAUCGAAAAUGCAGCGCCGGGGGAGGAAGCUGUUAUCGAUGGGUUUGAUGAUUCUUCAGCAUUGGAGCAACUGGACAAACGGCUGCUAACAUUGUCGCUCCAACCUCAAUCGCGGUGGCAAACGUUGCUGAACCUUGACAGCAUCCGCGCCAGAAACAAACCCAUCCAACCGCCAGAGAAGCCCAAAGCGGCACCUUUUUUCCUCGGGUCGGCAAGUCUCACCAACGGUCUUAAGACAGACAACGAUACAUCUCUCGUCCUGGACAAAGUUAUAGGAGAUUCCGAGCGCUCACGCAUCUCCCGCCUGGCUUCGACCCAGCAGGCGAUCUUCCACGGGUUUUCACAGCUCUCUUCUCUCCUUGAGACCUUCUCCUCUUCCCCUUCUCAUGACCCUUCUUCCUUGACAAUGCACCUCUCCUCCCUACCCCCUUCGGCCGCCGACUUGGAAAUCCGUUCCCUCACCCUCCCAGAAAUGCCGACCUUCAUCGACUUCCUCAUCCGCCAACUCCGCCAAAGGAAAUCCUUCGAGCUGGUGAAUACCUGGAUGAGCGUGUUUCUGAAGGUCCACGGCGACUUUGUCGGCGAGGUCGACGACGUGAGGGACAAGGUGGUCGAGUGGAGAAAGGCCAUGGUCGAGGAGGAGACGAGGUUAAGUGAGUUGGUCGGAUAUACCAGGGGCGUAGUCGAGUUUUUGAGGAGUGCGAGAUAA